AUGUCGUCUUCUGUCUGCCCCUGCUCCACAGAGCUGGCCCCGUUCCUCGCAUUGCUGGCUGAAGGAGUCGCAAUUUCAGCAAAAGCAAUUUCCAAGAUUUCUUUUGUUGCGUCCCGAUUAGGCAGGGGCUUGCAACUUGAAACAUUUGUCCAGGGCAGAUUACCAUCAAAUACAGAAAGACAGGCGAUUGCAAAUGAACAUUUCAAAGUUCAACUAUAUCAUGCUCCUAUUGUCUGUAUUCCAAUGGCUUCGCUGUAUUUCUCGGCCACUGCUAUCGCGGUAAACUUUCAGAAUUCGCUCUACAACUCAGACAAGUCUUACAGACUUAUCAGACUAGCUAACGGAGUGCAUGUUCUUUUAAUUUCGCAGCCAACCAAUGAUACUCUUGCCUGCGGAGUCUGUGUAGCCAGUGGAUCAAACAAGGACCCCAACGAAGUCCCUGGUCUAGCACAUCUCUGUGAGCACAUGUUAUUUCUUGGAACGGAAGAGUUCCCUAAACCCAACGAGUUUCUCGAAUUGAUAGAUGUAAAUGGAGGAAAAUGCAAUGCAUCCACAACUGGAGAGCAGACAUGCUAUUACUUUGAGUUGCCCGUCACCGACAACGAACAACAUGGAGAACCAAUUUGCACACAUGCUGUUCGGGUCUUUUCCAGUUUUUUCAAGACUCCUCUAUUUCCUGAAAACUACAUCAAAGCAGAAAUACAAGCAGUGGAAGAUGAACACAAUGCAGCAAUUUCUAAUAUUAAUAAGAUUUUCUUCCAUGGUUUAAGGAUUUUGGCAAAUAAGAACCUGCCCUUCCAUAGGUUUGGAACAGGAAAUGCAGCGACACUAGCACAUGUCCCCAAAAGGAAUAGGAUAAACAUAAAACAACAACUCAACAAGUAUUUCAGAAGCAACUAUGAUGCGCAAAACAUAACUGUAGUAUUGAAAGGACCAGAAUCUCUAGCCCAGUUGCAAAAGCUAGCCAUCACCAAUUUCAGUGACAUUGAAAAAGGAAAAGCUACACCAAGAAGCACAGCUGGUAUGAAUAUUCUCCAGGAUGCAAACAAUCAUACAAAGAGCGAAUUAGCCUUUCCAAAAGGUUCACUCAACAAAUUUCUAUAUGUCAAAAGUGGAAAUUUCAAUAAGCUUAAUAUGUUCUUUUCUCUUCCAGAUUCAGGUUCCAUGCGUCAUUUUUCUUUUCUUAAAUAUAUAUGGUGCAACAUCAUUGGAGACGAAUCUGAAGGAUCCAUAUUUUAUCAACUUAAAAAUGAAGAUUAUUAUGUUUCUUCAAUAUUUGUGUCAGUUGAGUCCAUAACUAUCAAUGAAGCAAUUCUCAAUAUUGGUAUGGAGAUAACAAAAUUGGGUGCGAAAAAUGUGCAUCUUAUUAAAAGCAAACUUUUGGGAUUCAUUGAGAGUUUGUCUCAACCUCAAAAUCACCGCAUUUUGGUACAAUAUAUAACCGAAUUAGUUAUUCUUUCGAAGGUUUCCUUCUAUUUCCUGGAACCUCAUUCUGGCAGUGUCGACGAAGUUGCUCAAUUCUCGAUGGAAAUGCAAAAAGAUCUUGAUAAACUAGGGCUCAAGAACCUACUUCGAGGAGAGAGGGACAUUGAUGAGGAUUUCUCCGAUCCACACAUCUGGGUAGAUCUUUUUAUGAAAGCAACAUACCAACACCUAAACUGGAAGAAUAUAAGUAUAAUCUAUAUUGGAGACUUGGUAAGCAGGACUCACCCAAUGCUUCUCCCUUUUGAAAGAGCUAGAGCUGACCAAUAUUACAAUUUCCAAUAUGAACUAUUCAGCUUAGGAGAACCCGACUUUUUAGUAUCGACACCAUAUUUGUUGAGGAACAGAAAAAGAAAUAAAUUCCUUUCUUUCUCAAUAGAAGAAAUAAACAGUCUUUUGCAUCUGGUUUGCAUUGAUAGUAUUGACAACAGCUAUCAGGCAAAAUCAAUGUUUAACUUGGAUGAACCUACUUUGGUUGAAUUUUCGUCAGGUCAUGAAUUCUGGUACAAAACUGAAAGAACACUCCAGUUUAAGUCAAAGGUACUUACUUCAUUUCAAUACCAACUAAACACUAGCAGGAAAAUAUCAAGAGCUUACAUGGGGUUAGAGAUACUUUGCGAGCUAAUUGGCGAGGAGCUUAGAAAGAAAUUAUACCCUGCAGAGUUGAAUGGAUAUUCUUGGGCUUUAUAUUCUAAUUUAACUGGUAUCCCAUCAAUCACAAUCAAUAUAACAGGCCCAAAAAGGAACAUAGAAGGUGUGUCCUCCUACAUCAUGCAUCUGAUUCAGAAGUAUCUCAAUUUCACUCUUCCAAUUAUACCUUAUAGAAAACUCCUUUCUGCCAGACUUAAACUUAGGAAAGAGCUAGAGGACUUAUCCAAAAGCAAUGGUAUCAAACAGUCAAUUGCUGGGUCCAUUCUUUACCUUGAGAAGGAUACAAUCAACCUUGAAGAAAGAAUCGCUGAAAUAGAAUUAAUCGAUAGAGAAGUUUUGUUGGAACUAACACAAGAGCUUGUACAACAUACUUACCUAAGAGUAUUUAUACAUGGAGGAAUAGAACAGAAUGAGGUCAAAUCUUUCACCAAGAACAUCAACUUCACUCAUACUUCUGGUAAUGAAGCUGCUUCCCCGUUACUUCCAACUUCUAACAUCAUUCCCUGUGGUAAGGAAUAUUUGAGCAAGGUUUCCAAUUCCAAUGAAGAAGAUCCUCUAAAUGCACUUUACCAUUUCAUUCAAAUAGGUACAAGAGCAAAUGAAGCAACAAGAACUCUUGGGAAAUUAACUUCAUUCCUAUUUUCUACCAAUAUCAGCAUUGAACUAAGAACCAAAAGGCAAUUUGGUUACACUGUGCUCUCUGGUUUACGAGUCUGUAGAAGUAUACUUGGAAUACAAUUUUGUAUCCUAAGUGGAUCCUAUAAACCAGAACAGGUACUUCAGGGAAUUAAUGAUUUCAUAGAAGAUUGGGUGUCUAAAAUAGAAACUUACAGUGAACCGGAAUUUUCUAAAAAUGUUAUUGAGCCAUUUCUAAACAGCAACAUUUAUCAAGAAGAAGAUUUACCCUGUAACUUAGUAUAUUCCAUGACACCCUCAUAUAAUAGUAGUAAUUUUCUCUUUAAUUCUGAAAAUUACCAAAUCCAUCGAAAUUACUGGGAGAAAAUAGUUAGUGGAACAUAUAGAUUCCUGGGAGACAAUGGGAAUGAAAAAGUAGAUACCAAACUACUAAAAGAACUUACAAAAGGAACCUAUAUAAAAUUUCUUCUGAAACUUAUCUCUCCAAGAAGCAAACAAAGAUCAUCCUUGUCGAUAAUGAUAUAUACUCAGUUAUCUUCAGAGGAGAUUGAGAAAAGACAGCAGAGAACAGAAAUCUUGGGCUUUAUUGAAAGUAAGAACCUACAGAUUUCAGAUGAAGAGUUGGACUCAAUUCUUGAAAGAUGUUCCGAUGGCAAUUUACUCUCACAAGAACUCUAUAGGUUCUUCAAAAAAAACAAUAGGGGGUAUCAGCUCAUGAAAUCCACUUUCCAGACAAAAAUUCACAACAUCAUAUUUUUCCCUAUGAAGAGAAGAGGCUCGAAUGAUUGCACGGGACAAUUAGAGUUGCAGAAACUACCUUAUUUGGACGAUGCAAACAAUUUGAAGGUCGACUCCAAGGCUGUUUCUGACAUUCACCAACAAAGUAUAUACUCCAAACUAUUGCAAAUUAGCGAAUUACAAGCUUCGCCUGGACAAGAGGAAUAUGGUGACAUAGUGGAUUUGUAUAUGUAA